GAGCAGUCUUUGGUUUCGUUUCCGACUGACCCAGUUAGCUCCUCACAUUAUCGUCAGUGAAUAAUCAUCAUAUCAAACGAUGGACCUGUUAGCUCCUUGUUUUUCAGUGCUCGUGUUUUAAUGCGCCCAUGUGGGUGUUGUUUCGCCACAGAUUGAGCGCUCCAGCGCAGAUGAUCGGUGUCUGUUUGGAGAUAGUGGUUGUUGUUAGCUGCUUAGCUGGGAACAUGAGUCUGAUCAGAGCUGCGGUUUAAAACCAUUUCUGCUGGUUAUUGUUGUUCAUAUCGGCUGUUCGCCCGAUUCUCGAGUCCUACCUUACAAACGCUACACAUUUGAUCAUCUCAGCAGGUUUUACUCCUCCAGCACCCUCGGAUGUGCAGUGUGUCAGAAAGAGAAUCUACAGCCACAUGUCUGCUGAGGCUUCAGUUGGCAGUCAUGCUGCCGACUCUGCCCAGUCUGCUGUUCCCCAGCCUGCCUACCACAACACAGAUGAGCAGAGAAAUCAGGGUCUGCUGGGGAGCAAGUAUGUCAAGUUAAAUGUGGGUGGUUCACUGCAUUACACAACCAUCCAGACAUUAAGCAAGGAAGACAGUCUGCUGCGAAGCAUAUGCAACGGGGAGACAGAUGUUACCAUAGACUCUGAAGGUUGGGUUGUUUUGGACAGGUGUGGCCGACAUUUUGGACUGGUUUUGAACUUCCUGCGAGAUGGCUCAGUCCCACUUCCAGAAGAGCACAGAGAACUGGACGAGGUCCUAAAGGAGGCCCAGUACUAUCGAGUGCAGGGACUGGUGCAGCACUGCCUCAGCGCCAUGCAGAAACAGAAAGAUGUCUUUGAAAGUGUGUGCCGCAUUCCCAUGAUCACCUCACCCAAAGAAGAGCAGAAGAUGAUCACUACAUGCAAAAAGCCGGUAGUAAAGUUGCAGAACAACAGAGGAAACAACAAAUAUUCUUACACGAGCAACUCUGAUGACAACCUGUUGAAGAACAUCGAGCUGUUUGACAAACUCGUACUUCGAUUUAAUGGCCGCGUCCUGUUUGUCAAAGACGUGCUUGGGGAUGAGAUCUGCUGUUGGUCUUUCUACGGCGAAGGCCGCAAGAUUGCAGAAGUGUGCUGUACUUCCAUUGUCUAUGCGACAGAGAAAAAACAGACCAAAGUUGAAUUUCCUGAGGCACGGAUAUUUGAAGAAACACUCAAUAUCCUCAUCUAUGAGAAUAACCGAGGAUCUGGUCCAGGAGGCUUGCACCUUUUAGAUUCAAGAGGCUCAGGUUCAAAUCUGGGAGCUGGUCAGUCGGAGGAAGAGGGUGCAUUUGGAGGAGAGAGACGAGUCAGACGGAUCCACGUAAGGAGGCACAUAAUGCACGAUGAAAGGGGACCCGGCCAGCAAACUGUGUACAAGGACUAAUUGCAUGAGAAAUGAAGGCAUGGGAGAGUGAUUUAUAAAUGAUUUAUUGUGCUUUUUUUUUUUUUUUGAAUGCUUGAAGAAUGAAAGUGAUAUCCUUGAUCACAGCAAUAGCUAGGUACUUAUUUCAUUACGUUUUUUUUUCAUUUAUUUAACACACUUGAAGAAAUUUUGGGCUCGAUGACUGAUUUGUAACUGAGGUUACAGCUUGGAAAUGUUUACAAGAAAAUAAAUUGUGUAAAUUCUUUAAACAGGAAAUAUGUGAAAUUAACUGUGACUGAAACUGCCCUAAAUAUGUUGAUGAACCAACCACAAGUUGGUGAAAACUUCAAACCUGCAGGCGGAUUUUUAUUUUUAUUUUUUCUUCUUAGAGCAGGCCACCUCUGCUUGUGUGGGAGUUGAUAUGCACUGACAGCCUCUUCUGUGUUUAACUUUUAGGAAAUAUUAUCAGUUUGUUUACGUUGGGAAACAUCCUAUUCCUCGGCUCUGUUGCAGAAUAGUUUCCGAUGUUGGUGAAGUCGAGUCUUGGCAUGUUAGCACUGGAAUUAAACAAAAUAGACAUUUUUAGUGAGGUUGUCAGUGAAGGAUAUUGCUGAGCAGCUCAAUUUCUUUAUUUAAAUUAUUACAGCUGUUGUUUAAGUAUGUCUUUUAUUAAUUUAUGAACCUAAUUUAUUGUUUGGUAUUUAACUUUUGUAUUGAAUCCAAUCUUUGUGUUAUUUAGUGCUCAAAUUUAGUUUUAUUUCUGGAACAAUAGAGUGCGGUAUACAGCACAGAUCAGAUUUUUAGUUUCGUCCUAUGAAUAAAUCACAAACUUCUACUUCAGUUCAAUGUUUCAAGUAAAACUGUGACCAUUUCUUUGAUGAUGAAUGUUAUUCUGAGCCACAAUACUUUUACUUUUGCUUUGUUUUAUACCAAACUACAAAAUUUAGCUGAAAUGAACUGGCCAUUGUCACACAGGUGGUAGGAAAGACUGAGUUGUAUUUAUUUGCCUCAGGGAGAGGAUAUGUUAUUUUCUUUCAAUAUUCUCUGAGAAAUUGUGUAAAUCUAAGCACUCCUAAAGGUGAAAAGAAAAAGCAAACAACAUUGAAUGGGAGCAAUAUCUAUGUUAAACCCUUAACAGUAGAAUACCUUGAAAUAUGCACUAUUGUAACAUCCGUCCAUUGGUCAUGGAAAUGUUUUAAAUAAAUUGCUUACAAACCCUA